AUGCCACCGAAGCACAGUAGAACAAGAACCAAAUCAGCAUACGAAUCUGAUGACGAAUCAAGUAAUGAGAGUGGUAACAAUAACAUUCGUUAUAUUCGCGAAGAUGAAGAUACUGGUUUGAAUGAUGAAGAAGUGUUCGAUUCUGAAGAGUCUAGUGAAGAUGAUAAUGAUAAUACAAAAGAUGACGACUAUUUCCCAACUGAAGAGGGUAAAAGAAAGGCAAUAUCAAUAAAAAGACAACAAGAAAAAGCCAAUAAGAAGCGCAAAACUCUUUCAUAUUCUUCAAGAACAGUCACUAGUGCGGCCUCCGACGAAACUAAGGAAGAACAAGAUCAUUAUCUAGAGAUUGUUAAGGAGUUUGAACAUUCUGAAUUAUUUUCAAUUUUGGCCUCAUCUGAUGAAAUUUCUAUUGAGGAAGUAAUUAGGGAAUUAUUGGAGCAAUAUUCAACAAAUAGAGAUGAAGUUAUUCAAAAAUUUAUAAAUCUCUUACUAGAUUGUUGUGGAGCAAUGAUCCAUGUGCAAAAUCAUGAUAUUCAUAGUAACGAAUCUGCAAGCGAUACACUAUCUGAACUUCAAUUAUCAUUUCAAAAUCAAAAAAUUCAUGAGUUCAAUUUACUAAUAAGCAAAUCGAAGAAAAAAAUUGCUCAAUUCAAACCCUUAUAUCAAAAUUUUGAAGAAUUUAUGUUUAAGUUCUUGGAAAUAGCUGAUGAUCUACAACUUCUUUACAACGAAGAAGAUGAUCAAGAAAGUGCAGACAGCGUUGAAAAUUCUAGGGGAAUGAAAAUGGGUCAAUUAGUACUAGAUAUAUUAACAUGGUUAUCAGCAUUUUCAGUUUCAAAAAUAAGAUGCUUCAGAUAUGUCUCCACUUUGUCGCUAUACAUACUCCAAGAUUAUUUAUCAGCCCACGCUGUUAUCAUAGAGAAAGAUUAUUUAGCUAAGUUGACAAAGCAAUUAAAGAUGGAAAACAAGAAAAAAAGGCCCAACAAAAAGACAAUUGAAAAACUGGAAGAAAAUGUCGAGGAAAUUCAAAGCAGCAAAGCCAUCAUUGACAAUAUUCUUGAUAACAUUGUGAAAUUGUGUUUCGUUCACAGAUUUAAAGAUGUAGAUGAAGCAAUUCGGUCAGAAUCAAUGUCACAUUUGGCUAUUUGGAUUGACAAUAAUCCUGAAUAUUUUAUGAAAGUCACAUUUUUGAAAUACUUUGGGUGGCUCUUAAGUGAUUCCUCCAUAACUGUUAGAUUGCAGAUCUUAAAGUCCUUACCAGAUAUUAUUAAAUCAAGUCAUCAUUCUGCAAUGGUAGACAAUCCUGCUAUUAGACAGUUUUUUGAAAGAUUCAAAAGUAGAAUUUUGGAAAUUGCUACAAUAGAUAUUGAUCUCGAAGUGUCGAUCAAUGCAAUCAACGUACUAAUCGAAGCUUCGUCGUUAGAUUAUUUAGAAGAUUCUGAAACUUUAAUGAUAUCAAGCUUGAUAUUUAAUAAUGAAGAUACAAAAGUAUCAUCAAGUAGCAAAAAUUCUAGAUUGAUGGCAACAGUUGCUAAAUUCAUAGCACGAGUUAGUAACCAGAAAUAUGAAACGUUCAUGAGUAGCACCACCUUGGAUGAAGAUAUAUCAUCCAUAAAGACAUCCGUUAUAAUUAAAAUAGGAACCAUCAUAAGGAUUCUUAAUAGCUCACUUUUAUAUUUCAUGGAUAACAACAAAAAUUAUGAUCCAUCUUUAGUUUCUCGUUCCCAGAUAUUGUUUCAAGCUGCCGAGUUUUUAUAUCCAUUUUUUGGAUCACAAGUUGACAGCAUUUGUAGGCUUCUUUCAGACGACGAUGAGUUUACUCAAAUUUAUCAAGAAAUCGCUAAAGUUUCCGAAGAUGACGACAACGACGAGAUGAAUAUUGACAACGACGAACAAUCGUCUCAAAUUAGAAUCGAUAGAGCACCAUUAUUCCCUACCGAGAAUGAGAAUGUUACAUUUUAUGUCACAGUUUUAAGUGGGCUUUGUGAUGGUGGUAUGAACGGAAGAAGUCAAAAUAAAUAUUCAAUCGCGAUGUCUGUACUACCUCAUUUGGAAAACCUACUAAAAAAUUUAUCCACCAAUUCAACUAAUAUCCUUUUACAGAUUUUAAACAUUUUCAAUCUGUUUAACUUCGAUGAAUGGGUUCAUUCUGGGUGUGAAAAGAAAAUAAAGAGCAUUAACUUAAUGAUAUUGAAAGGGUUCAGCGGUGUAAUUCUGAUGCACGCUGUGUCAACAGAUACUUCAUAUGAAACUUUUUCAAAUACAGUUCAUCAUAUUAAAGAAUUCCAUUUAAAAGAAAUAGAUGAAGUUUGGAUUAAUGAAAUAUCGAUGAUUAAAUUACAAUUGGAGAAAUAUAUAACCCAGAAGAAUAAUCCUCAGAGUGAUACUGAUUUUGGAGAGUAUACAAACUCCAUUUAUUCUCAAUAUGUUAAUAGACUUAUUUUAUUAGGGAAAGAAUAUCCAAUUGAAUUUUCUUCGGACUUAUUGAAACUUUUCAUCGACAAAUUUAUGUCAAAACUUGCAUAUGAGAUAGAAGUAGGCGGUAUUGAAAACGUCGAUGUAAUUAAUUUUAAAUUACCAGUAAUUCUUGUUACAUGGGAAUUACAAAAAUGGAUCAAUAUUUUAGAAAAAUCGAAUGCUGUGCCUGGUCCGAAAUCAGAUGAUUCCGAAAGAAGUGCCAAUAAAACAAGUGUUAGUUCCGUUAAAAAUGCCCUGUCAUAUAUGUCAAGUAUAAUUGUAAACAUGGAAUCUGUUCUUGUUCAAAUUAACAACAUGGAUGGUGUUGAUGAAUUGAUAGUCCAUAACCUGAGAUCAUCUCUAGCAUCAUCUCUAAUCGACGUAUUAGUUGCAACCAAAUGCUUUGAACUCCAAUUACCAGAAGAUGAAACAAACUGGAAAGAGAUGUUACACGAUGCUAUUCACGAUUCCUAUCUGACUGGAGAGGUUUACAAUGCAUUAUUAGAUACUUUCUUAUACUUUGAAAGCAUAUACGCCAGGGAUCAAGGUAUUCAGUUGGAUAGGACUCAUGAUGAAGAUGUUACGUUAAAUGAAGUAGCAAUUAAUGAUGAAAACAUGAGUUCUGAAAGAGAAUUAUUGGUGUUUACUAUCAAACUAAUAGGAUUAAAGAAACUUGAACUUUUAGAUGAUAAAACAAGUACAAGAGUUUCAUUAAACAAAGAGACCCUUGGUCCUCUUUUCAAAAGUAUUAUCGAUGAUUCAAUUUUUGAUAAUAAUAGUAAUCACAAUAAUGGAAGUACUCGGAGUCUCAAGAAUAAUAUUAUUCAAUUGGCAACGUCACCUGAGCCUCUUAUAAGUCGCGAACCGUCGAAUAUAACUCAAAACAGCGAUAUACUGCAAGACCAAAAUGAUUCUGAUUCUUCCUUAUCAUCAGGUUCCAAUACUAAUUCUAACCGAAGAAGUAGACAAUUAAUGGAUUUAAAUGUUAUUGAAGAAAAUUCUGAAGAACUAGAAGGUGCAGAUUAA